AUGGAGUAUUAUAGAUAUUAUCGUAGUUGGAUGUACAAUAGGUUGUAUCUAGGAAGACGCGGAUUUAAACCAAAUAUUAAGGAGGGAGUUAAAGGGUUUAUCACGUUAGCAUUUUCUCAAGAAUGUUGCCGAAGCGAAGGAGGAGUUAGAUGUCCUUGUCUUAAAUGUGGACUCAGACCUAUAAUUAGUGACCCAGAGGAAGUAGAACGACAUUUGAAGAGAAGAGGUUUCAUUGAAAAUUAUUGGGUUUGGACAUAUAAUUGA